AUGAGGCGCUGCGCGGGGGAAGCGGGGCGCCGGGGGAGGAGGCGGCGGGAUGGGAGCAGACGCUGGCGUCGCGCGAGCCUGGGGCCGAGCGGCGCGGUAGAGAGGGCGGCGGCGGCGGCGGCGGCGCGCGCGGAGCCUUGACGUGCUCCUUUCUUUCUUUCUUCUGUGGCCGGGAAACCGGGCAGCAUGAGCGCGCAGACCUGCCGCUGCGGCGGCCGCCCCGGCUCCUCUCCUCCGCGUCUUCUGGCCGCCCGUCGCCGGUGAGGGGAGCGAGCGCGAGGAGGGAAGAUGGGGGCCGUCCUGAGGAGCCUCCUGGCCUGCAGUUUUUGCGUGCUCCUGAGAGCGGCCCCUUUGCUGCUUUAUGCAAACAGACGGGACUUGCGAUUGAUUGACGCUACAAACGGCAAAGAAAACGCCACCAUUGUGGUUGGGGGCCUGGAGGAUGCGGCUGCCGUGGACUUCGUGUUUGGUCAUGGCUUGAUAUACUGGAGUGAUGUCAGCGAAGAAGCCAUUAAAAGGACAGAAUUUAACAAAACUGAGAGUGUACAGAACGUUGUGGUUUCUGGAUUACUGUCCCCUGAUGGGCUGGCCUGUGAUUGGCUUGGAGAAAAACUAUACUGGACAGAUUCUGAAACUAAUCGGAUUGAAGUUUCCAAUUUAGAUGGAUCUUUACGAAAAGUUUUAUUCUGGCAAGAGUUGGAUCAACCCAGAGCUAUUGCCUUAGAUCCUUCAAGUGGGUUCAUGUACUGGACAGACUGGGGAGAAGUGCCAAAGAUAGAACGCGCUGGAAUGGAUGGUUCAAGUCGCUUCGUUAUAAUAAACACUGAAAUUUACUGGCCAAAUGGACUGACUUUGGAUUACGAGGAACAGAAGCUUUAUUGGGCAGAUGCAAAACUGAAUUUCAUCCAUAAAUCAAACCUGGAUGGCACAAAUAGGCAGGCAGUGGUUAAAGGUUCCCUUCCACAUCCUUUUGCCCUGACAUUAUUUGAGGACACUUUGUACUGGACUGACUGGAACACGCACUCCAUCUUGGCUUGCAACAAGCACACUGGCGAGGGGCUGCGUGAAAUCCACGCUAACAUCUUCUCUCCCAUGGAUAUACAUGCCUUCAGCCAGCAGAGGCAGCCAAAUGCUACAAAUCCAUGUGGAAUUGAUAAUGGUGGCUGUUCCCAUUUGUGUUUGAUGUCUCCACACAAGCCUUUCUAUCAGUGUGCUUGCCCAACUGGGGUCAAACUCCUGGAGAAUGGAAGAACCUGCAAAGAUGGUGCCACCGAACUGUUGCUUUUAGCCAGAAGGACAGACUUGAGACGAAUUUCUUUGGAUACCCCAGAUUUUACAGACAUUGUUCUGCAGUUAGAAGACAUCCGGCACGCCAUCGCCAUUGAUUACGAUCCUGUGGAGGGCUAUAUCUACUGGACCGAUGAUGAAGUGAAGGCCAUACGCCGCUCCUUCAUAGAUGGAUCUGGCAGUCAGUUUGUGGUCACUGCUCAGAUUGCCCAUCCUGAUGGCAUUGCUGUUGACUGGGUUGCACGAAAUCUGUACUGGACAGACACUGGCACUGAUCGGAUAGAAGUGACAAGGCUCAAUGGGACCAUGAGGAAGAUCUUGAUUUCAGAGGACUUGGAGGAACCCCGGGCUAUUGUGUUAGAUCCCAUGGCUGGGUACAUGUAUUGGACUGACUGGGGAGAAAUUCCGAAAAUUGAGCGAGCAGCUCUGGAUGGUUCUGACAGAGUAGUACUGGUUAACACUUCUCUUGGUUGGCCAAAUGGGUUAGCCUUGGAUUAUGAUGAAGGCACAAUAUACUGGGGAGAUGCCAAAACAGACAAAAUUGAGGUUAUGAACACGGAUGGCACUGGAAGGCGAGUGCUUGUGGAAGACAAGAUCCCUCACAUAUUCGGGUUCACGUUGCUGGGAAACUACGUUUACUGGACUGACUGGCAGAGGCGCAGCAUCGAGAGGGUCCACAAGCAAAGUGCAGAGAGGGAAAUCAUCAUAGACCAGUUGCCUGACCUGAUGGGGCUAAAGGCCACCAAUGUUCACCGUGUCAUUGGUUCCAGCCCCUGUGCUGAGGAGAACGGGGGAUGCAGCCACCUCUGUCUCUAUAGGCCCCAGGGCCUCCGCUGCGCCUGCCCCAUUGGCUUUGAGCUCCUCAGCGACAUGAAGACAUGCAUCGUCCCAGAGGCUUUCCUUCUGUUCUCACGGAGAGCAGACAUCAGACGGAUUUCUUUGGAAACAAACAAUAAUAAUGUGGCCAUUCCCCUCACUGGUGUGAAAGAAGCUUCUGCUCUGGAUUUUGAUGUGACAGACAACCGUAUUUAUUGGACUGAUAUAUCACUCAAGACCAUCAGCAGGGCUUUUAUGAACGGCAGUGCACUGGAGCACGUUGUGGAAUUCGGCUUAGAUUACCCAGAAGGCAUGGCAGUGGACUGGCUUGGGAAGAACUUGUACUGGGCAGACACAGGGACUAAUCGAAUCGAGGUGUCAAAGCUGGAUGGGCAGCACCGGCAAGUCUUAGUGUGGAAAGACCUGGACAGCCCCAGGGCGCUUGCGCUGGAUCCUGCUGAAGGAUUUAUGUACUGGACCGAGUGGGGUGGAAAACCUAAGAUAGACAGAGCUGCUAUGGAUGGAAGUGAACGGACCACGUUAGUUCCAAAUGUGGGGCGGGCCAAUGGCCUAACUAUUGACUAUGAAAAGAGGCUUUACUGGACAGACCUGGACACCAACUUAAUAGAGUCUUCAAAUAUGCUUGGACUCAACCGUGAAGUGAUAGCAGAUGACUUGCCUCAUCCUUUUGGCUUAACUCAGUACCAAGAUUACAUCUACUGGACAGACUGGAGCCGACGCAGCAUUGAGCGAGCCAACAAAACCAGUGGCCAAAACCGCACCAUCAUUCAGGGCCACUUGGAUUACGUGAUGGACAUCCUCGUCUUCCACUCUUCUCGGCAGGCAGGGUGGAAUGAGUGUGCUUCCAGCAACGGGCACUGCUCCCACCUCUGCUUGGCUGUGCCAGUUGGAGGUUUUGUUUGUGGGUGCCCUGCCCACUACUCCCUGAAUGCCGACAACAGGACCUGUAGUGCUCCCACCACGUUCCUGCUCUUCAGUCAGAAGAGUGCCAUCAACCGCAUGGUGAUUGAUGAACAACAGAGUCCUGACAUCAUUCUUCCUAUCCACAGCCUUCGGAAUGUCCGGGCCAUUGACUAUGACCCACUGGACAAGCAGCUCUAUUGGAUUGACUCACGACAAAACAUGAUCCGAAAGGCACAAGAAGAUGGUGGCCAGGGCUUUACUGUGGUUGUGAGCUCAGUUCCAAAUCAGAACCUAGAAAUACAACCCUAUGACCUCAGCAUUGAUAUUUAUAGCCGCUACAUCUAUUGGACUUGUGAGGCUACCAAUGUCAUUACCGUUACAAAAUUAGAUGGAAAGUCAAUUGGAGUGGUGCUAAAAGGCGAGCAGGACAGACCUCGAGCCAUUGUGGUAAACCCAGAGAAAGGGUACAUGUAUUUUACCAAUCUUCAGGAACGAUCUCCCAAAAUUGAGCGGGCUGCUUUGGAUGGAACGGAACGGGAGGUUCUCUUCUUCAGUGGCUUAAGUAAGCCAAUCGCGUUGGCUCUUGACAGCAGGUUAGGCAAACUCUUCUGGGCUGAUUCCGAUCUCCGUCGGAUCGAAAGCAGUGAUCUCUCAGGUGCCAACAGGAUAGUGUUAGAAGACUCUAACAUCUUGCAGCCCGUGGGGCUGACCGUGUUUGAAAAUUGGCUCUACUGGAUUGAUAAGCAGCAGCAAAUGAUUGAGAAAAUUGAUAUGACAGGCCGAGAAGGCAGGACCAAAGUCCAGGCUCGAAUCGCCCAGCUUAGUGAUAUUCACGCAGUAAAGGAGCUGAACCUUCAGGAAUACAGGCAGCACCCUUGUGCUCAGGAUAAUGGUGGCUGUUCGCAUAUCUGUCUUGUGAAAGGUGAUGGCACUACAAGGUGCUCAUGCCCCAUGCACCUGGUUCUGCUUCAGGAUGAGCUGUCAUGUGGAGAGCCCCCAACAUGCUCUCCUCAGCAGUUUACUUGUGUCACUGGGGAAAUUGACUGCAUCCCUGUGGCUUGGCGGUGUGAUGGCUUUACUGAGUGUGAAGACCACAGUGAUGAACUCAAUUGUCCUGUGUGCUCAGAGUCCCAGUUCCAGUGUGCCAGUGGGCAGUGCAUUGACGGUGCUCUGCGAUGCAAUGGAGAUGCAAACUGCCAGGAUAAAUCAGAUGAGAAGAACUGCGAAGUGCUUUGUUUAAUCGACCAGUUCCGCUGUGCCAAUGGUCAGUGCAUCGGGAAGCACAAGAAGUGUGACCACAGUGUGGACUGCAGUGACAAAUCCGAUGAGCUGGAGUGCUAUCCAACUGAAGAGCCAGCACCACAGGCCACCAGCACAGUCGGUUCAGUUAUUGGAGUAAUUGUCACCAUUUUUGUGUCUGGAACUGUAUACUUUAUCUGUCAGAGGAUGCUGUGCCCACGUAUGAAGGGUGAUGGGGAAUCUAUGACUAAUGACUACGUGGUUCACGGACCGGCCUCUGUGCCCCUCGGUUACGUGCCACACCCCAGUUCUCUGUCAGGAUCUCUUCCAGGAAUGUCUCGAGGCAAGUCAGUGAUCAGCUCUCUCAGCAUCAUGGGGGGAAGCAGUGGCCCCCCCUACGAUCGUGCGCACGUCACAGGAGCAUCAUCAAGCAGUUCUUCGAGCACCAAAGGCCCCUACUUCCCCGCAAUUUUGAACCCUCCACCAUCCCCUGCCACAGAGCGAUCCCACUACACUAUGGAAUUCGGUUACUCUUCAAACAGCCCCUCCACUCACAGGUCAUACAGCUACAGGCCAUACAGCUACCGCCACUUUGCACCCCCCACCACUCCCUGCAGCACAGAUGUUUGUGACAGUGACUAUGCACCCAGCCGGCGAAUGACCUCAGUGGCAACAGCCAAGGGCUACACCAGUGACUUGAACUAUGACUCAGAGCCUGUGCCCCCACCCCCCACACCCCGAAGCCAGUACUUGUCAGCGGAGGAGAACUAUGAGAGCUGUCCCCCUUCUCCAUACACAGAGCGGAGCUACUCCCACCACCUGUACCCUCCGCCACCCUCUCCCUGCACGGACUCCUCCUGAGGAGGGUCCCUCCUCCUCUGAGCGCCUCCGCCGAGAGCUGUAAAUACACAUCUGGUCGAGGUCUGCAGGGGGGGAGGGAGCCCUAGUGGGGGGAGGCAGACCGUGUACAGUUGCCGUUAUAAAGGGAGGGAGGACUGGAGAUAUUUGUGCAGAGAGAAGGGUAUUUAUAUAUUUUCUUAAAACAGCACAUCUGCUGCUUGUGCCAUAAAAGUUUGUGUAAAAAAUAAAUUUGUACUAAAAGUUUUAUUUUUGCAAACUAAAUACACAAAGCAUGCCUUAAACCCAGUGAAGUGACUGAGUACAGAGGAAACGAGUUGCAAAGGCAUCACUGCCAGGAAUGUCUGGGCUUUACUGAUACCAAAAAUAAAGAGAAGAGAAGAAACUGAGUCCACCUCAGAGCAGCAAACCAUAGACACUUGCAAGUAGCCAAAUAGCUUCAGGUUACUGAGAGCUCAUGAAACAGAAGACCAAGAAUUAAAACUAACUAUGGACGACAAAGGGCUCUGUUUUCUCUAGGAAUCUAGCUGCUUAGCCAGGAAGACAGGGUACUUCCAGAAAUUGUCCUGGGCUUGCCAAGAAGGGCAGACCCCACUCUGGAAGGUGUGUGGGGCCAUGGGCAGGCCUUCCGCCCUGCCCCAGAGCCCACACCUCCAUUAGAGUAAUGGCUAGGUGUUUUCACCCUGCACCUCCCCAGCAGCUGUGCCAAGAGACCAAGGCUUCUUCCAGUCUUUUAGCUGAGAAAUUGAUUAAAUGGAAUUUUCUCAGUAGACUUUGCUUUGAAUAUGUCUACUAGUGCCAUUCUCCAGUGGGCUUAGCUCCUCAGUCUGACCACUGCUUUUGGGUAAUGAUCAAAAGUCAGCCCUAUUGUUGGUCGUCUUUACUGCCACGGUGGUUUUAAUGCUCAUUAAAACAUCUUUCACAGCACAUAGACGAUGUUAGGAAUUAAAGGUCUAACCGGUACGUUUUGUUGUAAAUUAACCAUAUAUCCUUGCAAUGCUUUCAGCAUAUAUCACAAUAGGAAAUCAUUUUAUGUUUAAUUUUUGAGCAAAGCAUUUAAGCACGUUCUGGUUAGAGACAAUAUAUUAAAAGAGAAUGUUUUGUUGCUAGGGUCUCCCUAUAUUAAUUGUUUGUGACGUUUUCUUCAGACCGGUACCGGUUUCUCUCAGAAUGAUGUUGCACACAUACCUCUUGUAACUCUUGACACGAGUUUAAUCUUCCUGUUGUCCACUGUGAAUGUCAGGUGGUUUUCAAAGUACCCACAAGUUAUUCUCCUAAUCACAUUAUGCAUUUUAUGUGUGUUCGCUCUUGUCCCUUUAUGGAUUAAGAUAACUGAACAGAAUUAACAAUGACAAUUCAAUGAGAAGGCACCGUGAACUUCUCAGCUGUCAGACCCUGGGAGGAGGGGAAGGAUGGAAGCUUCUUGUAAUCUGCCUGACCGGCUGUGGUGUACAGUACUGGGGCUGACCUAUGUGACCUGUGGACACUUCUAACAUUGUUCUGUCACCUUGCCAGAAGUUAGCUGCCUGCUUUUUAUACAUGUCUACCACUUUGCAACUAAAAUCCAAUGUGUUUGGGGCUAAUGUGCUUUCACUUUAACAGGUGUUAGCUAUUUACUCUUUUUUUUUUUUUUUAAAUUCUGUCUUGGUGAGGCCUCUUUCGGCUUCAGAGCCUAAGAGAAAAGAACAGAAGAAAGGAUUAAGAAUUUGGGCAGAAGUGAAGUAACUUUUUAAGCAGUUAAAACACAUGAGUAAAUGUUUUAAAGAGAAAAAUGUGGUUUCAGAGUAAUGCUCAGAUUGCUGCGGGGGGGAGGCAGCUUCUGAGAACAGGGCACGCUGGCUUUGCAUGGCGGAUUCAUCACUGCCAUCAUUUCAGUCAGGCAAGCAUGAGCUCUUCCUGUUGGUGGAACAAAAAGAGUGUAUAGGCCAAGACGAAAUGGACAUUGACCUUGGUUCUGUGGCACAGGGUACUGGAUGCUUGAAUGGAGAAGGAGAGAUUAGCAGUAACUGGGUAUCAGUUAGCAUCUGAGAACUCUUGUGUGUUUACAUUUCUAGUGUGCAUCUUUGCUGGGCUUCCUGUGCGGAAACUUGCACUGUCCUGAACUAGGAAGAAUACUGCCUUGCUUUGACCUCAGUCCACAUGCUGUACUGCGAUGGCAGUGGGCUCUUGCAGAAUACUAACCUGUGUGCCUGUUUGUUUGGAAUUACCUGAUGGUGGUUCAGCACAGCCUCAGUAUCCUCUUUCUGGGCUAGAGGGGAUGGGUUCUUACAUCUCUGAGAGGAUUGUCAAGUUGGGGAAAGAUUUCUUGGUCCUCAGGUUGCACGGACAGUUAAGCUGAAGAAAAAUCUAUCUUGGUGAUUGAACUCAGAGCUUUAAUUGGAAAACUGAGAAGAGAAAAGAAGCAUCUGAGACCCCAGUCAGUGGAAAACCACAAAAGGAGCUUUAAAUUCUGUGUAGUGCUAGGUUAUUCAUUUAACAGGAAGAUAACAAAAGUCCACUGGAUUCCUUAAUACAGGAGUAUCUCUUGAACGUGUCUUUUUUUUAGAUUAAUAUGCAUUUCUUUUAUUUAUUUUUAUUCAUAUAUUCACAUGUGCUUACAUUGGGUCAUUUCUCCCCCCUUACCCCACCCUCUCCCCUUUGAACGUAUGUCUUGCAGUGUGCCUACUUGCUGAUAGGGUUAAGAUCAGCUGAGCAGUGACUGACAGAAUGUACUGUGUGCACUGGAGUGCUCUUUUUAGCUAAGUUUCUGGACGUGGCUCCUUCAGUGCCCUCAUCCUCCUUACAGUCCACAGGGUUCUGCUUGAGUCAGCCACAGCAGACAGUUGGUGGGUACACUUCUCUCACGGUUCUUUUCUUCCCUGAAAUUUCAUUAUACUUUGCCACUUGUUGGCACUCUAAUACAGCACGUAUCACAAGAUGCUUUCUGCUUAGAAAAGAUUCUGUAGUCAUUUUAGUUUUACUCUAAAAUACUCUGAUUACCACCAAGAGAUACUUGAUCAUUUAAUAUAAAAGUAAAUGGAGUACAAUUGUUCCAGAGACAUUAUAGGUAUUUAGAAAAGAAGUUGUUACUUAAAGUACAUUUUCAUUUGAUAGAGGCCUAUAAUUUUUGGGAGAAAGAGCUUUGAGCAGGAAAAUUUUAAAAUGACUGAGGGCCGGUAUUCAUUAUUCUAAAAUACCCUGAAGUUAAGCCAGGCAUUUGGUGACACAUACCUCUAAUCCUAGCACUUGGGAGGCUGAGGCAGGAGGAUCAUGAGUUCAAGGCCAUCCUGGGCUUCAUAGUGGAUUCAAGGGCAGACUGGGCUGUAUCACAAAAACAAACAAAAAACACCAAAUACCCUAAAGUCAGUAAUUAGUGUAAGGACAGCUCAUUCAAUAUUUAAGUUGCAAAAAUGACUGAAUGACUGUUGUAGGCAGCAGUCAGCUUGGGGGUGCGUCUUUUUCACUUGAUGUAAAGGCACAUUUAAUGCAGACUAUUUCAAGUAGGGUUUGAACCUGUGGCUUACCUAGCUCUAAUGAGAUGUGUGUGUUUGUGUGACCGACACCAACAGUCAUGAAAGAGAACUGCAGCCUGCAAGCCUGCUCCUUGCAGGAGGCGGCUGCUCAGAUCAUUCCUUGCUUAGAUCAGAGUCAGGAAUGCAGUUCUUUAAAUCAUUUUGUUUCUUGCAGGGAAAACCUUGUACAAUUCAGAAACAAAAAUGUUGGGCGUUUCACACCCCAUAUAAUUAAUUUUCAGUGCUUACAUGGAUCUGUGGUACCCAUAGCUCGAUGACUGUGGACAUGAGUGCAUUUCUAUCAGUUGGUUGACCAGUAUUUGGAGACACUGAAAUGAAGCUGUUUCUUAGGUGUGGACAUGGACUGGAGUUCCUUUACUUAUCCUUAUCUCAAGCAUGAUUUUUGGAAGUGCUGGUAACAAAUGUAUGCUUUCUGACUUCUGGGAUGACAUCAUUUUGUAAUGUCUCAAAAUUUGGCUUUUGAAAUUCUCAGAGUUUUAGAGUAAAUGAUGGCUCUCAGAUAUAAAAUUACACAUUUAUAGUAAAAAAAAUUUUUUUCUGAGCCUGUAACCCUAGCUAUUCCAAAGGCUGAUAUCAGGAGGAUUAUGGAUUGAGGCCAGCCCAGGCAAAAUGUUCAUGAAGCCCCCAUCUCAACCAAUAAAUGGGCACAGCAGCACACACAUGUCACCCCAGCUAUGUUCUCACAAAUAGGAGAACAAAUAGGAGCUAUUGGUUCUCACAAAUAGGACAACAUGGUCUGGCCUUCCUGGUCAAAAAGUGAGAACCUAUCUCAAAGAUUACCAACAUGAAUAGGGAUGGGGGCAUGCCUAGAGUGGUAACAGAGCCUAUCUAGCAAGAUUGAGGAGGUCUUGAGUUCAACUCCCAGUACCACCAGAUUUUUUUUUUAAUUACAAGCAUUGUGAAUUCACAGUCUCUAGAUAUUUUUGCUUGACCUGAUUUCAUGCCUCAUUAGAUUAAAUCUGUACUUGAGCACAGAGAGAGGGAGGGAGGUUGUUGGUUUGUCUUAAUGACUUAGACUCAAGUGACUCACUGUACCCUCACCUCCUUCAGAUGAGGUUACCUUUGACCAUUUCUUUAAGGUAUUUGACAACCAUUCCUAAUUUUACUACUAAAAAGAAACUCCUCAGGACUUUUAUGGAACUACCAAGUGAUAUCUUAUGCUUAGAAGUGGAAUAUGGGCCUAAUAUAAACUAGCCUUUAGACUUUCCAGAAGUUAACAGUGAAGAAUUCCAGCUUGCUUCUGCUUAACUGACCAUUUAGGUGUUUUAGAGUCAAACAGAAGAAGGUUGGGAGGUGGAGCUACAUACAUAUAUUUCUGUCAGUGCCUCUGUGUGGAUAAAGGAAAGAAAGGGAGGGUGAAGAGAUCAGCACUAAGGAAGUCAGUUACCUGGUGGUGAGAGGGAUGUAAGAACAGGAAAGCGGAUACUGCAGAGCACGGACUGGACUGGUCUUACUUGCAAGUGAAGGAUCUGGUGCUGCUUUCAGAUGUUUGUCCUUUAUGUCUUUAAAUGGUUCCUUAAGCUUUAAUCCUCGUCCCUGUCUUAGAGUCAGCUGGCGUUCCUGUCCAUCCACUUUGGUACGAUGUUGCGUUGCAAGGAUGUAUUUAUACUAUGAUGGCCAACAUUUGGUCAGUCCUCGUCCACUUAUUUGCCUCCCACUUUUUGUAAAAUAAGUGCUUUAAUUAUAAACUGUAUAAAAAACCUUGUAUAAAUCCCCCUUUUGAUUAUUACAAUAAGCUGAAUUGUAACAAAUGAAAUGUUGAUUUUUAUAAUAAAACAGUGAAAAAAUAUCAGUGUCAUUUCUUUUCAGCAAGACAUUAAAAUGACAGUCGCACUCUGUGUGGCAUGAAGAAGACUGUCAUUUUCAGAUCCC